GCGCCGCUCAUCAUCCACGCCAGUCACGUCUGGGGCCACCCGGCUGCCUUCUCUUCCUUUUCCCCCUUUGCUUUCUCCCCCUUUCCCGUUGGAGAGGGCAAAGUGGCUGUGGCGGCGCCAUGCCCGGGCCGGAGUGAGUCGCGCGGGCGAAAAUGGCGUACAUCCAGUUGGAACCUUUAAACGAGGGUUUUCUUUCUAGAAUCUCCGAUCUGCUGCUGUGCAGAUGGACUUGCAGGCACUGCUGUCAGAAGUGCUACGAGUCCAGCUGUUGCCAGUCGAGUGAGGAUGAAGUGGAAAUUCUGGGACCUUUCCCUGCCCAGACUCCUCCCUGGCUGAUGGCCAGCCGGGGCAGUGACAAGGAUGGGGACUCUGUCCACACAGUCAGUGAUGUCCCGCUGACCCCGCGUACCAACUCCCCAGAUCGGAGAUGCUCGUCCUCAGACACGUCUAAGUCUACAUACAGCCUGACCCGGAGGAUUUCCAGUCUGGAGGCCAGACGACCCAGCUCCCCGCUCAUCGACAUCAAACCCAUCGAGUUUGGCGUCCUGGGCGCCAAAAAAGAGCCCAUCCAGCCCUCGGUGCUCAGACGGACCUACACCCCCGACGACUAUUUCCGCAAGUUCGAGCCCCGGCUGUACUCGCUGGACGGCGGCAGCGACGACGUGGACUUCCUGACGGACGAGGAGAUCUCGUCCAAGUACCAGCUGGGCAUGCUGCACUUCAGCACGCAGUACGACCUGCUGCACAACCACCUGACGGUGCGCGUGAUCGAGGCCCGCGACCUGCCGCCCCCCAUCGCCCAGGACGGCGCGCGCCAGGACCUGGCGCACUCCAACCCCUACGUCAAGGUCUGCCUCCUGCCGGACCAGAAGAACUCCAAGCAGACGGCGGUCAAGCGCAAGACGCAGAGGCCGGUGUUCGAGGAGCGCUACACCUUCGAGAUCCCCUUCCUGGAGGCGCAGCGCCGGACCCUGCUGCUCACCGUGCUGGACUUCGACAAGUUCUCGCGCCACUGCGUCAUCGGCAAGGUGGCCGUGCCGCUGUGCGAGGUCGACCUGGUCAAGGGCGGGCACUGGUGGAAGGCGCUGAUCCCCAGCUCGCAGAAUGAAGUGGAGCUGGGGGAGCUGCUGCUGUCACUUAAUUAUCUCCCCAGUGCUGGGAGACUGAACGUGGAUGUCAUUCGAGCCAAGCAGCUUCUUCAGACAGACGUGAGCCAAGGUUCAGACCCCUUUGUGAAAAUUCAGCUGGUGCAUGGACUCAAGCUUGUGAAAACAAAGAAGACAUCUUUCUUAAGAGGCACAAUCGAUCCUUUCUACAAUGAAUCCUUCAGCUUCAAAGUUCCCCAAGAAGAACUGGAAAACGCCAGCCUAGUGUUUACAGACGGUGUGAUUCACACACAGAUCUGAAAGUGAGUCUUCACCCCAUAUGUCGGCUUCAUAAACGCUGUCCGCAUGGCUCAGCUUCCACACAGAGGCGUACAGACGUGGUCCCAAGGAGUUUCAAAAGAAAUUUCGAUCUUGGUUUCUAUGUCUUAAGGAAGGAGAAAGAAAUCUAACCUGGAAGUCACAGCAACAGUUCUCAGAAGCCCUUUCCUCCACUCGCCAGUUCUCUCUCGCCCUGAUUUGUUCUGGAAUUUCACCCGUCAGGCUCUCGCACCCCCUCCAGCUCAGCCGAGGCGAUGUCCCUACUUCCCUCUCUCCAGGUCCCCCAGCUGUUUCUCCCUAUCGAUUUUCAUAGCCUCUCAGGUCUCGGUGACUUUCCUUGGUGACAGAGGAGAAGGCGGAGGAGGAGGUAUUAAUGGAGAGAAACUGUCAUACACGCUUUUCCCUUCAGGCAGGGUUACUCAACCCGGACACUUGUUGACAUUUUGGGCCAGGUACUUCUUUGUCGUGGGGUUGGCUUGGUGCAUUGUAGGAUGUUUAGUAGCAUCCCCCGGCCUCUGUCCACUAGAUGCCAAUCGCGCCACCACCCCGCCCCUGUUGUGACAAUCCAUAUGUCUCCUGACAUUGCCAAAUUUGAGGGACAAAAUUGGUCCCUGCCGAGAACCGCUACGUUAAAGGAAUUCACCAUGUCGGUCUAAGCCAGAAUUGCCGAUAGACCUGGAGCCUGUAUCUUCCUUUCUAGAUCACCUCCUAGCGCUGGAAUCCCAGGAUUCCCCACCCGAAUGACCCAGGCUGGUUUCCAGGCCUGCUCGGGGCUCUCCAGGCCCAUCCUCAGGAAGGUGGGUGUGAUGCCAGCGUGUGUCCUCUAGGCCCAAGGGAAUAAUAGCGGCACUUACCUGGUAGAGUCGUGUAGAUUAAACGCACGUGAUAAACACUAUGUGUUGGUGCUGCUAUUAUUUUGUUCAUAUCAGUGGUCCUUAAACAUAAGACGACUUCCGUGUCUGCUGCCUGCUUGAUCAGGCAGCCGUCCAUUCAGACGUCGGAGGCGAGCCCGACUGUGCUGGGCCCUGGAGAGUGGGUGUGGAGGUGUCCAGCAUGGCCCCUGCACGAGGGCUCGUUGAGGGCCUUUCUCACUGUUGGCCCCUUGUGCUUUGCAUGCCGGCUCGAGGAUCUCACUCCCCUGCAGGUUCGCAGGUGCAGGUACCUUGUCCUUGUCACAUGUCAGGCUCAGUGGGAGGGGGGCAUGGGUAAGACUUCUUUCUGAGAUGGGAGGAGGAGAAAUGAUUCUGAGCUUCGCAUUUCAGUUCUCGCUGUGCCGUGGACUGGCCGGGGGACCUUGGGCCCUGAGACUCUUAACCCUCUGAGCCUCUCAUUCCCCGUCUGCAAAAUGGGGGUGUAAAUAAAUAUACCUUCCCCAAUAGGAUCGUGGUGUGGGUUAAGUCAAAAAUGUAUAUAAAAUGCUUUGCUCGGUGCCUCGUUUACAGAACUCAGGAUUCGCGAUUGCCGAUUUUUAAUUAUUAUAAUACCGUUAUCUAAAUUAUCCUUAUGACUGUUGGAAGAAAAAAACAUGGAAAAAGAAAGUUCUGUCCGAGCAGCUGCUAUGAAUCACAAAAUGAGCCAGGAAAGCUUGAAAAACAUCACCCUUAAGUCGUAGAUGAAACUUCUUAGAACCAAAGAAAUGUCGGAGCUGAAAGGGGCCUUAAAACCUGCCUGUAUCCCCCCGCCCCCCGUUGUAUAACUGGGAAAACUGAGGCCUAAGGAAGGAAUAUG